AUGCAGAUCCGGGAGGGUCCGGCGCGGCGGCAGGCGCCGUCCGCCGCGGGGGCUCUGCGGUCGCCGAUGUCCGCCAUGAUGCUCGCCAUGUUCGCUACCAUGGCCUCCUUCUACGUCGCCGGACGAUUGUGGCAGGAUGCUCAGAACAGAGUUUAUCUCAUUAAGGAGCUCGACAGACGAACAGGCCAGGGGCAAUCAGCAAUAUCUGUGGAUGAUACCUUGAAGGUUGUUGCAUGCAGGCAGCAAGGGAAGCGGUUGGCAUCGCUUGAGAUGGAGCUUGCUGCAGCAAAGCAUGAAGGUUUUGUUGGCAAAUACAAUCCUGAGACAAAUGGAACUCGCUCUGGGAAAAAGCCACUGAUUGUUAUUGGAAUAAUGACUAGCUUUGGGAGGAAAAACUACCGUGAUGCUGUCAGGAAAUCAUGGCUUCCGACAGGUUCAAUGCUGAAGAAACUUGAAGAAGAAAAAGGCAUUGUAGUACGUUUUGUUGUUGGAAGAAGUGCAAAUCGAGGAGAUACUUUUGAUAGGGAGAUUGAUGACGAAAAUAGGAGCACCAAAGAUUUCUUGAUCUUGGAUGAUCAUACAGAGUCAGAUGAAGAGCUUCCUAAGAAGACAAAAAGUUUCUUUGCUAAUGCAGCGGAUACAUUCGAUGCUGCAUUUUAUGCUAAGGUCAAUGAUGAUAUAUACAUAAACGUUGAUACUUUGAGCGCAAUGCUCGAAACUCACUGGGACAAACCCCGUAUCUAUAUAGGCUGCAUGAAAUCGGGCGAGGUUUUUUCUGACUCAACCCAUAAGUGGUAUGAACCAGACUGGUGGAAAUUUGGUGAUGGGAAAUCGUACUUCCGACACGCUUCUGGUGAAAUGUUUGUCAUAUCAAGGGCCGUAGCUCAGUUCAUUUCUAUAAACAAGUCUGUUCUCCGGACAUAUGCCCAUGAUGAUGUUAGUGUAGGAUCGUGGAUGAUUGGCCUUGCUGUGAAGCAUGUAAAUGAAGCAAAACUGUGUUGUUCAUCGUGGCCCUCAGACACUGCCAUUGUUGGAGUGACAGAAAUCAAUAGCAAUUCAGGAAAUUAUUUUGCUCCAGAAUACAUACAUGUAUGCGUAAUGCCUGUCUUAAGACCUGUUGCCAUGGCUGUCAAUUUCUGA